AUGUACAUCACCCUGUACUACAUAGUCACCCGGCUCCCUGACUCCCUUCGCUUGGUCAGAGACCACUUCCUCUUAGUGUGCCCCACCACGCUCACCGUUGACCUCCUCGAGGAGCGCCUCCUAGCAGCAGAGAAGAGCAUAGUCGCUGUAGGAGCCUCUCGUGGUGACCCUUGCACCCCCGUCUUUGAGGGGUGUUCCCCCUCCCCCCUCUUGCCCUCUGUUGCUUCUGCUGCUGCGGCCGACCUCGUUGGUUACGAGUCGGUCGGCGCUGCAUCUGCUCCUAGCAAGAGACGCCGCACCGGCAAGGCCAAGGGGGGCAAGGGCGCUGGAGGGGCUGGCGGGGGCGGUGGAGGGGGUGGUGGAGGCAGUGGAGGGGGUGGGGGUGGUGGGAGUGGUGGUGGGGAUGGAGGUGUCGGUGGUAGCAGUGGAGGCGGUGGAGGCGGCGGCGGUGGCGGAGGGAGCGGAGGCGGCGGCGGCAGCGGUGGACCUGGUUGCGGCCCUACACACAGGAGUGGGUCCGGUGGUGGUCAGCGUCAGCAGCAGCAGCGCAGUUGUGAGACCCUGUCCCCUCGGCAACUUCGUGAGUGGUACGCUGCGCGUCAGCGCGGUGGGGGUACUGGUCCCUGCACCUACGUCCUCCGUACCGGCGACUGCGCUGGUGAGCAGUGCAAGGGCCCGUACUCCACCCAGCGCUGCUUUGGCCGCCUGACGGAUGUGUGGCGUCACCAGUUCCCUGAGGCCUCUGAGAUCCCUCGCUGGGGAGAGCUGUCUAGGGCAGGGGUUGCUAUCUUUGAUCUUGAUUAUGAUGCUAUUCUUGCUGCCAUGUAUGCUGUAUCUGAUAGUGCUGAGGGUGACUUUUACCUGUGUGUUCCGCCAGACCCGAGCGUUGCGGCUGCUGCUCUAGGUGCUGGUGAGGCUGCUAGUCUAGGUGCUAGUGCGUCUGCCGCUCCAAGUACUGCCCCCUCUGGCACUCUCUCCGGUCUCUACCUCCCCUUGUUCUCUACGAACUUGGUAGCUGCGUCGAGUCAGGUGUUUGCUGCAGCGUCCAGGUCUGGUCCUAAGUCUGCUCCUUGCUCGUGUCGUCUCCUAUCCCACCAGACUCUCCUUUGGCACCACCGCCUUGGUCACCCCUCCCUGCCUCGUCUCCGAGGCAUGGCCUCCCGUGUCCUUGUCUCUGGUCUCCCCCGGUCUCUCCCUCCCCUACCUCCGGGGCCUGCCCCUACCUGCGUCCCCUGUGCCGAGGGGCGACAGCGCGCCGCCCCUCACUCCUCGGAGUUUCCUCCAACGGAGGCUCCGCUGCAGACUCUUCUCACGGACGUGUGGGGCCCCGCCCGCGUCCGUGGCGAGGGGCACGAGCAGACCUCCCCCACCCUACGAUGGACGGGGAAGGUUGACGAUGCGUCUGCGUUUUGGGUCUGGGGAUCUCGGGCGUUUGUUCGUGACUUGUCUGCGCAGCAACUGUCCCAUCGUGCUGUUCCCUGCGUCUUCCUUGGCUUCCCCCCUGACGCGCCUAGUUGGCAGUUCUACCACCCCACCUCGCGCCGUGUUCUGUCCUCCCGGGACGUCACCUUUGAUGAGUUGGUGCCUUACUACCGUCUCUUCCCCUACCGCACUACACCCCUCCCCCCGCCGCCGCUCUUCCUUGCGCCAGGUCCUCCCCCGGUAGACCCCCUCCCCCCUCAGGGUCUUGCCCCGUCAGGUGUGUCCCAGGUAGACGCAGUCGAGCCUGUUAAGGUAGCUGUUGACUCUGGUACUACUAGAGGUGCUGAGCUUGCGGGUGCCGGGUCUGGAGGUGCUGAGCCUGAGGGUGCGGAGCCUAGGGGUGCUGAGUCUCGAGGUGCGGAGCCUGGGGGUGCUGAGACUGGGGGUGCUGAGCCUGGGGGUGCUGAGUCUACGGGUGCUGAGCCUGGGGGUGUUGGGUCUGCUCGUGUGGACUCGCCCGAGGUCCUCGUACUGGUGGUUCAGGAGCUGCUAGGACUAGGGGUGCUGGUGGCGCUGGUACGUCUGAGGGUGCUGGAGUUGGCGCUGUUUGAGCUGGAGGUGCUGCUGGCGCUAUUACUACCGCUGGGGGGACUGUCACAGCUACAGCCCGCCUCCCCCCUGCUUGCUCCUUCUCCCUACACUGGUCCUACUGGAGGUCUUGCUAAGCGUCAUGAGCCUGCGUCUCGUCCUGCCUCGCCUGUUUGUGCUGCUCGCACUAGUGGUCGUACUGCGCCGCGUCCGCGUCCUCCUGCGGUCCCAGGCACACACCAGAUGGCACUGCGUCCUUCCACUGCUCCUCUGCGUGUCCCGUUGCCAUCUCCUCCAGAGUCCUCUCUUCGUGUUCUUGCUGACCCGGAGUCUGACUCUCUUCGUGCUGCCAGUCCUUCUGUCACGCGUCUCCUGGCUACUGUUGUCACUGACCCUUCCUUUGAGUCCUUUGCUGCACCUGCUCUAGUUGCUGAGCUUGUCGACUUCGUUGCUUGCUGUCCUCUAGACUAUGCUGCUAGUCUUGUUGCUGAGUCUGAGUCUGUGUGUCCUCCGUCCGGCAGGAUUGAGUUUGCUCUUAGCAUGGACGUCCUUGAGGACAGGCAGAAGGGGAUCAAGUGUUUUGCAGUUGCUUUGCCUCAUCUUGUGUCCACGCUGAUUGCCCUUGAGGGAGACCCGGAUGCACCAAACAUCCAGACUCCUCGAUCGUACGCUGAGGUGAUCGAGGGUCUUUACUCCUCUCAGUGGCAGUCAGCCAUGGACGCAAAGAUGGCAUCCUAG